CGUGGGUGCCUGUGGGGGUGGGGCGGCUAAACCCAUUAGUAGAGGGGUUUGAAGUUUUAUAAAACAUCAGGACAAAGGCCUUUCUAGCUCUAAAUUGUUCAUAGAUCUAGAUCCUGUAUUCAUGGACCAGGCCGAGGACGUCAUAGUGAUAAAUUGCCUGUGGUGCUCUGAGCCGGGGUUCUCUGAUAAACACAUUCAAGAGUUUUUAACCAGGGAUCGUGAUGACAAAGACAAUCCUACGUGGUUUUUUGAAGCCUUUGCUGACUUGUUCUCAUGUUACGACUGUGUAGAGGAGUUCCAUCAAUCUCUUAACUCCUUGCUUUCCUCUGCUGGAAAUACGUUGCAUCUACAGGAAACUGCAUACCGUAGCAACGUCACUAGGCUCUCCAGUCGACUCAGAGAAAUUUUUCACGGUGUUCCUGAAGUAGAUCCGAUAGAGAAAGAUGAAUACAGUCACUCUCGUACAUAUCAGCUACUCAAGUCUCACCUGGAGGUCCCACUGUUAGAAUUGCUUAGUUACCCUCGUCUGUUGCUCAAUGGAUCAUUAUGUAACCUGUUUGUGUGCUCUCUGAAGCAUCUGCUUCGAGCUAACCAACAGAUUGAAGUCACCAAGAAGCUGCCGGGAGUUUAUCUGCUGCUAGUACACCCUGAUGAAUCAGUGAGGCGUUGGUCAUUGAGUGUGGUUCGUGGGAUGGGUCUGGUUGACUGGGAUGACUAUGACCAGCUGGAGGAGGUGGUCCACUGGCUAUUCAACGUUGUGCUCUAUGACAUGUUCUCAGAUCCACUGACUGAUAUAGGUAAAGCUGCGUGGGACAAGAGUCGGGUUGUUUUGCUGCCUUCACACCUUUACAAUCAUCAAUCGACAAAGGACUUCUGGGUUGGACUCUGCAUGCUUGUAACCACGUUGGACGCCACAUGCAUUCGCUCAAAGUUAAUGAGUAGCAGCUCUGGACACCCUGAAAUUGCUGAGAAUAUCCUAGAAACACUGAAUGGUGAUCCGAAUGUUUUCUUUCCAGUCACUAAAUGUUUAUCGAUCCUUUUGGGACGAAUGGGAUCUCGUUUUUGGCAGUUUUUUAAAGGCCCACCCAAGUCAAUGUGUAAAGCUAUAUUCUCACACAGUGUCUUCCAUGAAUCAGUUGAGCAAAUGGCUCAUAGAGAGAGUCCCGAAAAUGUAGAGGAUUCGUACAGUCAACUUGUAUACAACAGAUUCUCGAGGUCACGAAGUAGAGAAAACGAAGAUUAUGCUGACUCAGUAGUGUUUUGUUGGAUAUUACCUUUUGUACAAUCUCUGCUUGAUUUUGGGCCCCACAUGGAAUCUGACGUGUGCGAUGUGUUUAGAAAUGUUUCAGAGUUAUUAAAAAAGGAGAAAUUUAGUAUGGAUAGCGUUUUGUAUCAAGAGGUAUUGAUUGUUCUGUUAAAAAUGUCGAGUCUCUUAUACUCAAAAGAAUCGUACGAGAUCUUGUUCCAAUGUCAACAAUUCUGGUUGGCCACUCUUGUUGAAUCGGUUGAAAAAUCGGUAAUGCCCAAUUUUUCUGUGGUGUCCAAUGUGAUCGACUUUCUUAAAAAGUUGUUAAGUUCAAAAACUGCUCUGAGUCUACCAAACACCAGUACUCUUCUAGCACAUCUUCAAACUCGUGACUCAACUAGCAAUAUUCCAAAAAAGACAGUAUCAUCGAAGUCUCUGUCAGACCAUAUUUGUCUCGUUCUAAGAUCUCUCUGUUUUGGUAAAACAGAGUUAUCUAGUAUUGUGAAGCACGAGCCUGUGAACCUAUUGCCAUCAUAUUCUGGGUCCAAGGAUGGCACAUCUGAUAACAAACGAAGGAAAAGAGGAACGUUGGAUUUUGGAUUGAAAGAUUGCUCUGUGGUUGUGACGAAGAAGAAAGUAAGCCCUCCCACUAAAUCUCAUUCUUUCGUUAGCAGUGCCAAGUUUGAGGCUACCUGUAAAAUAGAAAGUUAUUUUGAAUUAAAGCGCUCUAAACCUGAAAUGAAACUGGAACAUAUCAUUACUAAGAAGAGAGCUAAACUAUCGUCAGCUUCGGGUGCAUCCACUGAUGAAAUGGAGGAAUGGGAGUGUGGACCACAGUCCUUAAGAAAAGUUUCCCUUACAAAAUCUGAGUCUGCUUCAAAUAAGAAGCGACUAUCUCUUAAAACUCAGCCUAGACGAAUCCUUUAUGAACAAGAUGCCAGUAAAUCUUCGUUGCGGUCUCAGCCAGUACCGAGAUAUUCACAUGAGACUAGCAGUAAAUUGUCAAAGCCAAAGGAAGAGCCUAACCUGUCAGAAGACAAAGGAACCCCUCCUCUAUCCCCUAGCUUUAUUUCAGUAAGUUUUCCGAGUGUUUCACGUACAGGUGCAAGCUCAUGUGAAGUUAAAACGGAAUGUGAGCCGAAUACCGAUUCAAAAAUAACUACUAGACCGACAGAUCUCUCCAUUAUAUGUGAACCUAAGCCGUUAGGAGGUGUACAAACUCCUCCACUGUCUAGUUCUUCUUCUGAUAGUGAGCUUCCUUCUCUCCAUACACUAAUGACGAGUCCCACCAAGAAAAGAGGUCGCAGUCCUAUAAGAUCUCGGGCUGCUAAGAUAUCUGGAUUUAAGGAAAUAAUAAAUACCCUCUCAGCAGGGCCAGCAAGAAAUUCUAAUCUUGGAAGCAGCAAGAAAAAGAAGGAUAUGCCAUCUUUUCUUUCUAAGUCUACAGCGAAAAAAGAUGAUGAAUGGGACAUGAAGAAAUGUGAACACUCAGCUGAUGGAAAGAGCUCCUCCACCAAUGAUAUCUUCAUGCAUGGCUUAUCACAGCGAGAAAUGAAGGAAUUCGAGAAAUUUAGCGAGGAUGAGGAAGCACAUACAUGUAGUCACUUUUCAAUGGACCUGUCCCAUGAUGAUGUUGAAAAAUUAUACGACUUUAGUGACAAUGAAUGUCAAGCCUUAGAAACGAGCACCCCUGACGAUAAUAAAUUCAGUCGUGAUGUUGAUAUGCAAUGUGAAGAAAAAACUGUUUCUGUUACCAAAGUAAAGGACAUGUUCGAAGUCAGUUCUAUCAGAAAAGAGUUACUCGAAGACAUCAAGCAAUGUUCAAGUGAAGAAUCCAAUAUUUCACCUCCCGAUAGUCAAAGUGAAUCAACGUUUGUGUAUCGUGACUUUAGAGACACUAAUGAGUCUAGCGUUACAAAAGACAAGAAAGAUGUUUGUGAGUCAGUCUUCCAAGCCUUUGAAGCCGAGGCUAAAGCGAUCCAUUUAUCUGUGCAAACAGAAGAGAAGGCAUUGUCUAAAGCUUCCAGUGACCUUCAAACCCCAAGAAUCCAUCCCCAGGACAACGGUGAUACAAUGGCACGUAUCGAGAGACUUAGUGGGUUUGACAAUGACUUCAGUGAAGAUGAAGAUAUCCAGAAGAUGUAUAGAGAAAAACAAAGGAAAAAAUCACCUUUGCUAAGAUUACCUGCCCAACACAAAGCACAUGUACAACCUGAAGAUUUGAUCGAGUGUGCACAGCAAACUACCAAGCAGGGCACAGAAAUUGCCACAGCCUCACCGAGCCCUGCCACAAACCGUGUGAAAAUUUCUUGUCUAUCUGUUGAUAUUGUUCGACUUGACAUUGAGAGUGUGCGUAAUGCACGUGAAGUAACGGUUUCUGAAGAGCAGGUUGCCAAAGGGAGUACUUCUGAUAAACAAUUAGUGAGAAAAACUGAUUCUAAACAUGUUAGAGAGCGUGCCUUGACUACAUUUGCAGGAGACACCAUUGUUUCUAAGGAGAAAUCAAUAAGAAUGAGUACUUUGUCUCUGCCAGCCGAGAGAAAGUUUGCAGGAGACACCGUUGUUUCUAAGGAGAAAUCAAUAAGAAGGAGUACUUUGUCUCUGCCAGCCGAGAGAAAGAUUGCUUCAGUCAUCAGAAAACGAAAGAGAGUUUCUCCCGAUUCAGGCAACACUACACCUUUGUCUCCUCCAUCUUCUGAUCAUCAGUCAAAGAAGUUGAAAUUGUACUCAUCGACAGCUAAACGAAAAGAUUCGUGCAAGUCACAAAGUUCAGUUGAGUUUCUGUCUGCUCGUACUAAAACCAGUCAUGCUAUACCGGCUGUUGUGGAACCUCCAGGAAUGGUGUACUCUAAGAAGAAAGCCCUGCUGCGGAAACAAUAUGGUGAUUCUUGUGCCAAUUCAAAAACCCUUUCUUCUAAAGAAAUCAAUGCUAUUAUCAAGUUUAACCGUGAACGUUCAACUAAUAGUCUCAGUAAACAGCACUCUGAACAGUCGCAUAGUCACUUGGUGGUCAGAGCUACUCCCCAUGAACCUGAAAGUAGACCCAAGAAAUCUCGACCAACUCAAUUCAAGCAACCAUCACCUCCUACAUGUAACAAGCCAUUCAUGAGAAGUAAAGACAUUUCACCUUGUAUGGAUAACGCAAUGGAACAUAGCAUUGUCAAUGUACAUGUAUCCAGCACUAGCAAGCCUCCUAUUUCUUUCGCUUCUUUUCCUGUACAACACAUUUCUAAACACCAGCAGCAACCCUCAUUGCUUUCUCCUAAACUUCCAGUACCAGUCAUAUUCGGAAACGCACUUUCCACAAGUACUCUUAAUUUAAUGAGCUCUGCGUCUACAAGUGUAACCACACCCAAUCAAGCCGCUAAUCGACCCGCCUUACCCAACUCAAGGCAGCACGGUUCCCUCCCCCAAAUGCACGCUACAGCCCGUCCUCCCACUAUCAACACCAAACCUAAACGCCUCAAAACAAUGGAUGACUUACACACUCGUGUCCUGUGCUGGGAUCCAAGUGCCUUUCAGUACCCCGAGCAAGAUGAGAGAGGUAAAAGAAUCUGCCCACCAUGUACUGAUGACCUGGUUAGGGGGGAUUAUACAGUUCCCCUGACUUUCCUGAGUUAUGAUGACUAUUUUGGAGUGUUUGCACCACUGUUCUUUAUCGAGCUGUGGGAAACUGUGUUUAAGGAAAUAGAUGACACCAAGUUCAAACCUCCACCCUGCUCCUACAUAAUAGACUCUUGCAUACCUUCAGGUUCAUACCAGCUUCAGCUUAUCCAUGUAAAAACCAUUAUGCCCAGCUACAAAGCUAGGGAAUACGCUCAUCCAAAUGAAAGAGAUUUGGUUGUCGUGGAAACGAAGCAUAGCUCAGAAAAAUGCUUCGCUAUAGUUGACGGCCACAAGCACAACUUCAUUCAGGGCGACAAAUGUGAGGUUUUUAUAACUGUGAAGGUGUGCCGUCAGCCUGGUUUCUGUCAGGUGGGGGUGAAUAUUGACCUAAAGGUUGUCAUGUCACUAACCAAUGAGAUUAGGCAAUGGAUGGGACUUAUCAACUUUCAUGCUAGUGCUCUGGCUCGUGACAUAUUGAAUCCUCGAGGGAGAGAGUACUUCUGUCACCCAUCCCACAGCCAAAGGAGCCUAAGGAUUGCUGGGUCCUACAAUACCAGCCAGGGAGAGUCUAUAGCCACUGCAGCCCGUGCCAUGUGUGACCAGUACGCACUGCCUCGGAUACUUCUGCUGCAGGGACCUCCAGGCACAGGAAAGACACACACCAUAUCGGGUCUCAUACAGGAGGGGUUCAUUGAGCUAAACAGGUUGUGUAAGUCCAGUCGCCAGUCCUCCUUGCCUGGUGCGUUAAGGGUGGCAGAGAGGAAGAAACCACACCUCCUAGUUUGUGCCCCCUCAAAUGCUGCUGUGGACGAGGUCAUCAGGAAGAUGAUCAAGGAUGGAGUAAUAUCUGGCUCCACCCCUACACAAGGUUGUCGUGCUCCCCUACGUCUUAAUGUGGUGAGGAUUGGGAACAAAGACAAGAUACACCCUCAAAUCAUUCCCUAUAGUCUGGACCAAAUCGCUAAUAAGAAAAUCAAGAGCAGCAGCAUAGGAACAGCUGCCACCAAGAAGAAACUGGAUGAAGUUAGGCAGCAGAUCUCAGUAGUAGAGAAAAAUAUUGAAGCUGCCGAAAAGGAGAAGUACAUUUUGUCACUUUCUCCCCUCUACCCAGACAAAAAGACUGGUCUGCAAAGUUUGGAGGACAACAUUCAACACUUAUCAAUGGAAAAAUCAAAGCUAAUGACGCAGCACAAAAAUUUGAAAGUCCAGUGUGGGAGCAUGCAACGUGACCUCAGUAAAGUGAGGAAGAGAAUACUCAUGGAUGCCGACGUGGUGUGUGCCACUCUCUGCGGAAGUGGCAGCUACAACCUCUGGGAAUGUGUGAGGAAUUCACCGCAACACUUUGACUGUGUGAUUGUAGAUGAGGCCUCCCAGUGCACUGAACUGGACAUACUGGUGCCCCUGCGUUACCGAGCCUCCAAACUGGUCCUGGUGGGAGACCCUCUCCAAUUGCCAGCCACCGUGCGUUCCAUGCAGGCUGAGAAACGGGGCUAUGGACAGAGCCUCUUUGAAAGACUCUACAAAUACUUUGCCAAUAGGCAAGAAAAUCCUGUGAAAAUGCUGCGUGUACAGUACCGAAUGCUGCCUGAGAUCUGUUGCUUCCCCUCAAAACAUUUCUACUCCAACAGACUGCAAACUGACAGCACUUUGGACUCUUCUACUGUACCUUUUCAAUUCAACCCAUUUGUGAUGUUUGAUGUUGAGAAUGGCAAAGAAGAUAUUAUUGAAGGGUCAAUACGAAACACUGCUGAGAGCCAUUAUCUAAUUGACCUUCUGAAAAUGCUGAGGGAGAAGAAAGUGAACCCCGGGAGCAUUGGAGUGAUCACACCCUACAGAGCUCAGGAGAAACACAUUAAACGUCUCAUCAAGAAAGAACUCAGUGACAUGUCUGCAGUUGAUGUGGGUACAGUGGAUGGGUUUCAGGGGAGAGAAAAGGACAUCAUUCUGUUGUCUUGUGUGAGGGCAAACAGCAACAGUCACUGCGGAUCUGUUGGGUUCCUGUGUAACAGAAAACGCCUGAACGUGGCUAUCACAAGAUCAAUGAGAGCUUUGUAUAUUCUUGGCCAGUUCAAAACAUUGCAAGUCAAUAAGGACUGGUCUGCCCUAAUUGAACAUGCUAGACAGUGCAAUGCCAUCAAUGUUGUUCGUAACCCUAAGAAUUCUGUCAAGUAUAUUCUCAAGAUCACAUUUCCAUUGAAGUACAUAAAGUCAACUAUAUUCAGCCAAUAUUCAACCCCUCCAACCUUAACUGAUCAGCCUGAAUCCUCCAAAAGUGCUGCUGCCACCCAGCCAUCUAGCAAUGUCAAAGAAUCACUCAAAAAACCAAAAGACCCUUACCUGAAACGUUCAUCAGCUUCGAUAUUGAAGAAGGAGCUAUCUAGUGCAGAAGUUAGUAAAGAAGCAGUUAAACCAAUCUCAUCACCAGAAGACAAGUAUCAACUGUUAAGCAGCAGCAACAACGAACACAGGACAAUCUCCUUGGAAAGUAAAACUGUCAAAAAGCUAGCUUGUAAAAAAAUUGUUUCGCCCAUUGAUUAUCGGGUCAGCAGCACGCAGAUAAAUGUCAAAAAAGAUUCAACAGAUGUUUUAGAGCCAAUCAUAAGAGACACGACCAUAAGAAGCUCUUCUAGUAGCUCGGACAGUACAGAGGAGAGAUCGAACUACACGCACACAGACUUCAGAAUUGGUGAAGCUUCGAAUAGGAGAAACUCGGAAUUCAAAAUUGAUGCACCCAAAGACCCCAGAUUACAGAGGCAUUCUGUAGACGAUUGUACUAGAUCUGGCCUAGUGCAUCAGAUACAAAGUCCUAGUGAUCCAAGAGUAAAAUUCCUUGAUUGCACCACAAUACAGCAACAUGAACCCCUUUCACACAACCCCAAUGAUGAAACAAUACGAACUGGACUGUCACAUCAGUCUACAAGAAUUGCAAGGACUCAAGCACUUGGCCACUGUGAUAGAUCUACUCACAACAAGCUGGGAAGACUUAUGGCCCAAGACAAUCUCAGUAAAGCAAAACCCCGAAAAAACAGCGUAUCAAAAGGUGGCAAUAUAAGGGAACGAUUGGCCAAGAGUACCAAAUACACUUAGAGAUAUAUGUAGGUAGAUCUACUAUCUCAAUUCAAUAUCAAUUUUGUCAUGACAUACAGUCAAUAACAAUAUUUUACAGAUUAUAGUUUUAGAGAA